CCCUUAAUAAAACGCAUAAAAGCAGCACCCCACAGAAAACCAAAAACAGCUGCAAGGUUUACAGACUUUGGUCAAGAGCAUCUGAGAUUCUUGAAGAUAAUUCAUACUUUUUCAGAAAAAUGAGAGAGGGACAAAGCUUGAAUUUAACCAAUGAGAGGAAGAGAGGGAGAAGAGAUGAACCAGAAUGCUCAAUGAGGCUUCAGGUGCAUCUCAGGACGGGACAAAUUCCCAGAAGCCGCAACGGAAACGUGCAAACGCAAUUGGGUAGCGGUGGAUUUCGAUUUUCUGGAAAUUCAAACCAUUCAAAUGAUAAGCUUUUGGGGCUGGAAUUGAUUUCCAGACUUCACCGCCGCACCAGAGGUUUAAGACGCUUAAGGAAGAUACAUGGUGUGGAUUUGGCGAAUCGAACUCUGGAUAUAUGCCCCAGAAGAAUUAUCAAAACUGAAAUAAUAGAAGGGAGUGCGCGAAUACCUCAGGGCGAGAUGAAUCAACCUGAGAAGGUUGCGAGAAAUGAGAACAAAGUCGUGAUUGAGGAGGAAAAGGGUGUAAACACCCUGGCAAGAGUGGAGAGGAUGAAUUUCUCAAAAGAAAAACGGUUUUCUCCAAGAAAUAACAGGACACGUAGAAAGCUGAACACAGGAAAACGAACUGUGUUUUCGUGGAUGAUUGCUGCGAAAACUAUCAAAUCACGAGAGAGGGUUUAUUACAUGGAUCACAAGAGUAAAGCUGUGUCACUGGGUGGAGAUGUCGUUGGAGAUGGCAUUCUGUGUGACUGUUGUUCUCAAGUUGUGUCCAUUUCUGAGUUUGAAUUUCACUCAUGGAGGCAAGAACGCUUUGAUUCAGUGGAAAAAAUAUCCGAUCCACUACGAAACAUAUGUUUGGGGAGAGGAAGAGGACUUUGUCUCUUGGAAUGCAUGGCAGAAGCCUGGAAUAAGCAAAGUGGUUUUUCUUCUAAAUUUUAUAACUUGGUUCGUGAUGAUGACGACGAAAAAAGCGACGACAUUUGUAGAGUUUGUGGGGAAAAGGGAGAUCUUCUUUGUUGCGAUGGUUGUCCAUCAACUUUCCAUCAGAGCUGCUUGGGUAUACAAACAAUUCCAGAAGGUGAGUGGCACUGUAUGAGUUGCUGCUGCAAAUUUUGUGGUUUGCGGUGUGGAAAGACUGAGAUCACCUUUGAAGGCCUUGGCCCGUUUGAGAUGUCGACCGAAUGCCUUGUAUGCGAGAGAAGAUUUCACCGAUCCUGUCUUAAGGCCAAUGGAGGCAAUUCUUCUCAUAACAAAAGGUUAUCCUUAUGUGGAAACGGAUGUAGGGAGAUAUAUGAGAGACUUCAAAGGCUUCUUCGUGUUAAACAUGAUAUAGAGGAUGGAUUUUCUUGGUCUUUUAUUUACCGGGCAGAUACUGACCCUAAUAUAACAAGGUUAGAUACCGAAAAGGUGGAAUGCAAUGCUAAACUGGCUGUUGCAUUAUCGGUAUUGAGUGAGAGCUUCAUGCCAUACAUUGAAGAAGGAAGCGGGACAAAUAUAAUCAAAAGUAUUGUAUAUAGUUGUGGGUCAAACAUCCCUCGCCUGGACUGUAAAGGGUUUAUUACUGUGAUUCUAGAGAAGGAUUAUGAGAUUAUCAGCGUUGCAUCAAUCAGGAUUCAUGGGAACAAACUAGCAGAGAUGCCAUUUGUUGCGACUGUUUUUUCUUAUAGGAAGAAAGGAAUGUUCGCUCGGCUUCUAAGAAUAAUUGAAUCGACACUCAGCCACCUCAACGUUGAGUUAUUGGUGGUACCAACCGUGAAACAAACAAAAGAAACUUGGGUUCGUUCUUUUGGGUUUGAGCCACUCGAUUUGAGAACAGAGAAAAUAUUAAAGGGCGUGAAUAUGAUGGUAUGUCGUGGCACAGAAAAGUUACUGAAGAAGAUACCAAAGCUUACAUAAUUCCUGGUUUGUGGAGGGUGACCCUUGGACAAGAUACAAACCAAGUUCAAUCUCAGAGGAGAAACAUCAUCUUACAUAAGACUGCUCUUUGCCUAUCAUUUGGUGGACGAAACUGUUUUACAUUUAAUGUUCUGUUGUGGAUUUACUACCUUGGUUUGAAAUUAUUGUUAAUUAAAAUGGAUCUGUUCUAAGUGACAUUAACAUGGACACCAAAAGUACUUUUUACAACUACA